AUGAUGGAACAGCUGUCCAAGAUAGAUGAUGGUGAUGAAGACAUUGACUUCCUCAAUUCACAUUACAGCAAGAUUAAGAGAAUUGUGUACUUGAUUGUAUCAUCCUUCACUUUCAGAAUAUUUGGAAUUUUGCUGAUCUUUGUGGAUGUGUCCCUCAUCAUUACAGACAUAGUUGUCUCUGAUAGCACGAUGUAUAUUCCUUUGGAAUAUCGUUCAGUUUCUUUAGCUAUUGCUUUAUUUUUUUUCAUGGAUGUUUUUCUUCGAGUAUUUAUAGAAGGGGUACGACCGUAUUUUUCUGAUAUAGUUAACUCCUUAGAUGCUGCCAUUAUUGUGGUGACUCUACUGGUCAAUAUCGCUUAUAUUUUCUAUGACUUUAAGGUUCUUAAAGAUUUCCCCGAAUUGACAAUUAUUUUACGACCUCUACGACUUAUCAUUCUGAUAAGACUUUUUCAUCUGGCUCAUCAAAAAAGACAUCUUGAAAUGCUGACCAGGAGGAUGGUUUCAGGAAACAAACGGCGAUACACGAAGGAUGGAUUUGACUUAGACCUCACUUACGUUACAGAGCGUAUUAUUGCCAUGUCAUUCCCAUCUUCUGGAAAGCAGUCUUUCUAUAGGAAUCCCAUUAAGGAAGUUGUACGGUUCCUGGAUACCAAGCAUCAAAACCACUACCGAGUCUACAAUCUCUGCAGUGAAAGAGCUUAUGAUGCUAAGUACUUCCAUGAUAGGGUCUGUCGAUACAUGAUUGACGAUCACAAUGUCCCCUCUUUGAGUGAGAUGGUGGCGUUCUCCAAGGAAGUAAAAGAGUGGAUGGCUCAAGACGAGGAAAACGUCGCAGUGAUUCACUGUAAGGGGGGCAAAGGAAGAACUGGAACUAUGAUCUGUGCCUACCUUCUUGCCAGUGAAAUAUUUGCAACCGCAGAGGACAGCCUUUAUUAUUUUGGAGAACGACGAACAGAUAAAUCCACCAGCAGUAAAUUUCAGGGAAUAGAAACUCCUUCUCAGAACAGAUUUGUUGAAUAUUUUGCAAUGGUGAAAAAUACCUACAACUUGACUCUUCCUCCAAUGAAAAAACUCACGAUUAAAAAUAUCGUUAUUUAUUCAAUUCACGGUGUUGGAAAAGGCAAUGGAAAUGAUCUAAAAGUACAAAUAAUAAUGCAACGAAAGCCCGUCUUUUUCUGUUCUGCUUCCAAAAACUGUGGGAUAGUUCAUGAUGCUGAAACAGACAGAGUAAUAAUUAAUCUAUCCAACUGUCCACCUCUGUAUGAUGAGGUGAAAGUGAAAUUUCUCUCUUCUUCGGAUCUUCCUAAAUACUAUGAUGACUGUCCAUUUUUCUUUUGGUUCCAUACAUCUUUUAUACAAAAUAACAGGCUUUAUCUUUCAAGAAGUGAAUUGGAUAAUCCCCACAAACCAAAAGCAUGGAAAAUUUACCGUCCAGAGUUUGCAGUCGAGGUAUAUUUUGAUGACGUUAAGUUGUAG